GAUGGGUGUGUUAACAUUAAACAUCGAAUGCCAUGAAAAGGCUAUCAAGAAAACUAUGCAGUUUGAGCCAAGGACGCUCGUCCACGAUGCUUGCCGAAUGGUUAGGGAUAAAUUAGGUCCAAUGCACGGAAAUCCUAACGAUUAUGGCCUUUUUCGGGUAGAAGAUGACCCAACAAAGUGUGUUUGGAUGGAAAAUGGACGAACUUUGGAAUAUUAUUUGAUACGUAAUGGGGACACGUUGGAAUACAAAAACAAAAUUCGGUCACUUCGAGUGAGAACAUUAGACGGUGGAGCAGUUAAAACAAUUUUUGUUGAUGAGUCACAACCAGUUUCUCAAUUAAUGGUUUAAAUUUUAUUAUUGACUUUUAAAAACUUAAAAACCUCCCUAUAUGAUUCACCUAUGGGAGAAAGGAUUCCAAGGGCGUAUCCAGGGCUCGGAGUUCAUUGGAGCAUAAAUGAGACCGGUUCCAAAAUUUUGGCGUUUUAGACGCAAAUUUUUUUAAUGUAUAGUUUUUGGAGUCAUAGGUGGUAAUUUUAGAAAUUUUAUCUUAUAUUGAGGUGUACUUUAAAAAGGAGGUGUCGCUCCAGUGGCGAUUCCAAGGGCAAUCCAAGUUCCGGAUUUCACUUGGGCUUGGGGUUUGCGCCAAAAUUUUGGCAUUUUGAACGCAAAAUUUUUUUCUUGGAAAAUUUUGAGAAAUUUUAUCUAUACCAAGGAGUACCUUAAAUAGAAGGUAUUGCUCCAUUAGCUAACCAAAUUUUAAAAUGAUUCUUAAAUUUAGUAUCCGAUUUUGGGGCUAUUUUUAGAUGAGGUCUGACUGUAGGUAAUGGUAUUUUUCUUAACUUUGCCUCAUGAAAAAUAAGGGAGAAAGGGAAGGAAAAUGAAAAAAUGGACAGAAA